AUGAGGGACCAAGAACAGAUCGUGGUGGGCGGUGGGCCUAGUAUAGUGGCUCCUUGGCUUGGCGUUCGGUAUCUGUUGGACUUUACGGCAGGCAGGCAGCUGAAGGAAGAGGGAGAGAUGCAAUUCUCGUCAUCAGGCCAGCCUCACUUAAAGCUGAUAGGCGAAGUUCCGGAGGAGGAUGCGCGCCGACGUGUGGACGACGUCCAGGUCGUGUUUCCACGGAUGCAGGUGGGGUCAGACAACAGGUCUUCAAAAUCCAUAUUGGUAUGGAUAAUAAUGAGGUCCAUCGCGUUGAUGCAGGCGAAUUGA